AUGGUUGCGGAUCUUGCGGGUCCUGCGUACAAAUUGGAACUGACUUCUCCUGUUCCAUCUGUUGGUAUGCAGCCAAAAGCAACCUUAAAGUUCCCCCUUGGUGAAGUUUCACUUGAGGAUAAAGUGGAGGAGGAAGAGGAAGCAAAGAGAAUGUUGUCACUAAAUGGGAUCCUAAAAGGUUAUAUCCUAAAUGGAGUUUGCAAUGCUGAAUACAAGGAUAAAAGUUUGAAUUUUACAUACUCGUAUAAGGAUGAGCAAAUGGCUUUCAUUCCACACAUUUCUCUACCGUCAAAUUCAUUGUCAUUUGCAUUCAAGCGGCAGUUUGGUCCUUCAGACAAGUUGAGCUACUGGUACAAUUUUGAAUCGUGCAACUGGAGUGCAGUUUAUAAACACACAGUUGGCAAGGAAUUCAAACUUAAAGCUGGUUAUGAUUCAGAGGUGCGGCUUGGCUGGGCAUCUCUUUGGGCACAACAAGGAGAGGUGUCAAUGGUUGCGGAUCUUGCGGGUCCUGCGUACAAAUUGGAACUGACUUCUCCUGUUCCAUCUGUUGGUAUGCAGCCAAAAGCAACCUUAAAGUUCCCCCUUGGUGAAGUUUCACUUGAGGAUAAAGUGGAGGAGGAAGAGGAAGCAAAGAGAAUGUUGUCACUAAAUGGGAUCCUAAAAGGUUAUAUCCUAAAUGGAGUUUGCAAUGCUGAAUACAAGGAUAAAAGUUUGAAUUUUACAUACUCGUAUAAGGAUGAGCAAAUGGCUUUCAUUCCACACAUUUCUCUACCGUCAAAUUCAUUGUCAUUUGCAUUCAAGCGGCAGUUUGGUCCUUCAGACAAGUUGAGCUACUGGUACAAUUUUGAAUCGUGCAACUGGAGUGCAGUUUAUAAACACACAGUUGGCAAGGAAUUCAAACUUAAAGCUGGUUAUGAUUCAGAGGUGCGGCUUGGCUGGGCAUCUCUUUGGGCACAACAAGGAGAGGUGGCAAUGGUUGCGGAUCUUGCGGGUCCUGCGUACAAAUUGGAACUGACUUCUCCUGUUCCAUCUGUUGGUAUGCAGCCAAAAGCAACCUUAAAGUUCCCCCUUGGUGAAGUUUCACUUGAGGAUAAAGUGGAGGAGGAAGAGGAAGCAAAGAGAAUGUUGUCACUAAAUGGGAUCCUAAAAGGUUAUAUCCUAAAUGGAGUUUGCAAUGCUGAAUACAAGGAUAAAAGUUUGAAUUUUACAUACUCGUAUAAGGAUGAGCAAAUGGCUUUCAUUCCACACAUUUCUCUACCGUCAAAUUCAUUGUCAUUUGCAUUCAAGCGGCAGUUUGGUCCUUCAGACAAGUUGAGCUACUGGUACAAUUUUGAAUCGAGCAACUGGAGUGCAGUUUAUAAACACACAGUUGGCAAGGAAUUCAAACUUAAAGCUGGUUAUGAUUCAGAGGUGCGGCUUGGCUGGGCAUCUCUUUGGCACAUUUUCUUAUUUUUGUGUGCUUUCUAUGUUCUAUUUUAUUCUUCGGGUGAUAAAGUUGUCGGUGGUGCUAACAAUCACCAAGCACAUUCUACCCCGGAGGCUGCUAGUCAGUCCCGUCCUUUGUAG